AUGUCCGACAAUGUGACCGGCUUCGUCCCAUUCAAUUACUUGGAUGUAUACAAGGAAUUUCCUAUUCUGGAAACUGGUAUUGGAAAAAUAGCCGAGUCAUUUCUACUAGUCAAAGCCAUGUACUCCUAUAGUCCUGUGGAAGCAGACGAAUUGUCCUUUCUCAUUGGGGACCAGAUCCAGGUGCUCGAAAAGUUUGACGAUGGCUGGUGGCUUGGUAAUUCUUUGGCUUCUUUUCAUAGGUCGCUGCAACGACUGUCAGGGCGUGUUUCCCUCAAACUAUGUGGCAUAAUCAUUUUAGACUAA